GAGGAUGGGCUCACGCUGGGUGUGACGACGGUGCUCCCCCAAGAGAUUCCAGAGCCCUUUGUGACGGCGGACGACGUUCCCAACUCUUACUGCUUCGGCUUCGAUGGGAAGGCCGUCCUUCCGGACAGCGACGACCCCAUCGAUACUGGCUGGAACCCGAAGGAUGUUCGCGUGGGAGACCGAGUUGGGCUCUUGGUGACCCCGCGAGGAGAGGGUCAGGUCUUCCACAAUGGAGAGGCGAAGGUUACAGGCGUGCUCGGUCUGCCCGUUGGCGCGCCGCUCUUUCCCAUCGUGGACUUGUUGGGCAGUGCAGUUUCGGUCUCUUUGGUGCCUGCCGCGGAGCCCCCUAUUCGUGACCUUGGGCCUUCUCCGCCCCCAACGGCCACACAGAGCCUCCCGGGCUCGAUACCCACAGCCCCCACUGGCCCCAAGGCAGCCGCCACACCUGUGCCGACAGUGGCCCCAGCUCCCGCGCCCGCCCCAGCUCCCCCCAAGCCUGCCGCACCUGUGGUGGCGGCCAAGCCGACAGCCGUGGCCGCUGCUCAGGCGAAGGAGGCGACUCCCGCAACCCGGAAGGGUCCCUGCUUCAGCUCGCACCUGAAGGGGCGGAUGGUCGCCUUGUCUGAGCAGAACACGGUUGCGUCAAAGCAGUCGGGCGAUACAGAGGCGUUGCAUAGCGUCGUCUUCCUCGAAUGGAAGAUGCCAGCGGUCCCCGGAGGCUUUUACUUCGAGGUGCGCGUGGAGCAGACACUGACGACGGAGCUGGAUGGA